UAAUCCUUCUUUAAUUUCAUCUCUCUCACUUCACUUCAAUAUGAUGACAACGACGUCGUCUAUCAUUUCUUUGGCUCUUCUUUCAUUCCUUUCUCAUAUUCUCAUUCUCAACGCGGAGAUUCACAAAUGUUUCAUUGACAAUGGUUACUUCUCAAAUACAGCUAUCUACCGAACGAACCUCAAUUUCCUUCUUUCUAAUCUCACUUCAGACACAGAUAUCGAUUAUGGCUUCUACAGUGCCUUUUAUGGCGAAUACCCCAACAGAGUUUAUGCCCUAGGGCAUUGCAGAGGAGAUGUGAAUCCAGAUUCAUGCCGUACUUGCCUCAACAAUGCCGCGAAGAUUCUCCCAAACCUAUGUCCAAAUCAGAAGAAGGCAGUUUUAUACGAUGAACUUUGCAUUUUACGAUACUCGAGUCGUUCAAUGCUUGGGAUAUACGAGAACCCUGACUUUUCCUUCUGCAUGGCGAAUCCAAAUAAUGAAACUGAUGCUGACGUGUACAAUGGUUCGCUUGAUGAUCUUUUGGUAAGUCUAAGAAGCAAUGCUGUAGCUGGUGACUCUGAACGUAAGUAUGCAGCAGGGAACAUGAGAACUGGAUCUGGAACUAUCUAUGGUCUUGUUCAGUGCACGCCAGAUUUGUCCAGGCUAGAUUGCAAAGACUGCUUGUCCAAGGCUGUGUCGGAAAUCCCAAAUUGUUCGGGGAACAAGGCUGGUGGUAGGAUUAUCAAACUCAGCUGCUUUCUUAGAUAUGAACAUUACGCCUUCUUUGAUAGUUAGUAAGCUUCGAUCGAAAUAUAUUAUGAAUUUAAAGGCUUUCAGAGUUGUGUAUUUCUCUUAUUAACGUUAUGUGUGACGUGUGAAAUGUCCGUGUUUAAGUCGUGUACUUGGAAUUAUGAGCUUCUCAUAGAGAGAAGUGUACUCAGAAUUAUGUAUGGGAUAUCAAAUAUGAUAUUGAGAAUAAGAAACGAAGAACAGAGAAUUAUGAUUGUUCUAAGUUUAAGGUUGUACCGUUGUUUAAGGAGUUGCUAGAAAAGCAGAAUCUUGAGACAA